AUGUCGCUCAUAGCACAUGCAAAAUUGAAGGGUCAGAUCCGGGAAGUAGUGAGAGUAGUGCCACAUGAAGCAUGGAAGUUGAAAAGUGGAUGGAUAGAUGCUGGAGGCAGGAUACGUAAGCCAGCAUUUGGGACAGCAGAUGCAAGUGACAUAGGUCUGAUCAUGGCGGCAACGGCUGAGUCACCUGUGGCACUACUGGGCCGCAACGCAUCUAUGCUGCGACUGCUGGGGCUGUAUCAACAAAAAAAUGACGGCAGUAGACUCAAAGCCGCUCUUCUCUCCGCUUUCUCUCUCUUCUUUCUCCUCUAUCACCCGGUCUUUGCUGCCUUGAAGCUCUACAUGGACCCUCCAGAAGACCUAGUGGAUUCUGCAUUGUGCUCAUUCGCUUUCAUUGUCACUGAUGGUGUUUUUAUAAAGACUGCAAUUUUCAUCGCAGACAGAGGCAUGUUGCACCAGAUGCUAGAGGUACUGUCUGACUCCAGGAGGCUGUACGGUCGUCAAGAGGCAAGCAAGAAGAUUCGAGGACGUUACGAGGACCUCGCCGAACGAGUGCUGCUGUAUAUGCAGGUGUCGACGAUGGUGGCCUCCGUCGGCUGGCUGGCGGCCCCUCUCCUGUACCGCGCGGUCCUCGCAGCCUCAGGCGAGUCCGGGGAAGUCCCGCGCAAACUGCCGCUGCCAGUCUGGCUGCCGGUGGACGUCCAGGCGACACCCACUUACGAGAUACUCUACAUCGUAGAGGUCUACUGCGUCAUUCUCAGCGGCCUCGCCACCCUCUGUACAGACGUCCUCUUCAUUAGGCUCAUGCUCAUGGUGACCGCCGAGCUUCACGUUCUGAACUACAAUGUUGCGACUAUGGCCAAGUGGCGUGAGGGAGUUUCAGAUGAACGACAUGAUUAUGGUCAUCAACAAAAUACUGAAGUCCAGGACUCCUACAUGGUAGGUAGAGCACUUCAAAUGGCAGAAACAUCCUAUGAAGAUGGCUCUGACUACCAGUUGUACCAACAACUAGUGACCAACGUUCGCCAUCAUCUGAUCAUCCUCAGAACCGUCAACCUCUUGGAGGCAGCAAUGAGCAAAUCGAUUAUAAUUCUCCUCUUCGUUAACAUGGGCGCCUUAUGUUUUAACCUCCUCGUUGUCGGUAUGGCUGGUGGGGGAGUGACACGACCCCUGACUCUGGCCGCCACGAUACCCUUCCUGCUGUACCAGACUGGCAUGUUCUGCGUCUUCGGGCAGAUGGUAACCGACCAGGUAGCAUGA